GCACAGCUGCUUUGCCGGAGGGUGGCGAAGAGGUGGCUGCGUCCGUCUCGCGGACAAGCGCCCCCGUCGUGGCAGCUGCCCGCAAGGCCAAGCGUGUGGCAGAGUAUCAGCGGAUGCAGCGACAGAGUUUGAUCGAUGCGUCUGCUGCGGGCUUGCUCGGUGCUCUGUUGGCCUACUUGAACAACGGAGUGGACGCUUCAGAGGGCUGGCUGGUUGGAGUUGCCUUUGGAGUACUCUAUCUGCUGAUCUUGCAGCAGGACGUGGCCAAGUUGUCCGCGGAGUGGAACCCGUUCAGCGUGACAAAUCCGCUGCGGAUCCUGCGCUUCUUGCUGCCGUUUGGGCUGGUGCUGGCCCUUGGUCUGCAGUAUGCAUCAUCCAUUGGCUUUGAUGCGUGGCUGGAGCGGCUUGCCUGGGAGCCGGGAGUGAAUUUCACAGGUGUGGUCGCCUCACGCUCAUCCCUGUUCGCAGCCCUGGUAGGCUACGUGGUCUCUUCGGCAGUGCUUCCGCUGCGAGGGCUCUUCGAGACACUGCCAGAGGCACGAACUCUGGUCAAGGCUGUCCCGGGCUCGCUGGGCGUGGCGCUGCAGUUGGCAGAUCAGGUGCCCAGCAAGGCUCCUGCGGCAGCGAAGGUACCUGUUGAGGUGGUGCCAGUCCUGCUGAUCACGGGGCCGCGGGGCUGCGGGAAGUCCACCCUGGCUGAACAGCUCAGGCACCAGGAUUCGCGCUUCCAGGAGCCCGAGUGGGCAGGGCACUUGCGCACGAGUGUGCGCUACAACACGAUGACAACGGACCGGGGCGGCAUGACCGAGGCGAUGUACAACUGGAGGGUUGCGGCUGUGCACAACGCCUUGAAGGAGAUGGGAAAAGCGACUGGAGCUUUGCACGUGACGGAUCUGACAGCUCUCGGACACCUGGAUCAGUAUCACUACGGUGGUAUACAGGCUAACGACCAUGUCAUCGAGUUGCUCGGAAUUGAUAACACGGUGCAUUGCCUGGAUGUUGGCUCUGGCAUCGGUGGUCCUGCGAGGUAUAUCGCCAGCAAGACCGGGUGCCGGUUGACGGGUGUCGAGCUACAGCCAGACAUCUGCCGUGCCGGGCAGGAGCUGACAGAGCGAGUACCCGGGCUUGCGGACAGGGUCAACUUCAUGGUCGGUGACAUCAUUACGCUGUCGAAGACCAAGGAGAUCCCGGACGAGACCUUCGACCACUUCCUGUCACUCCUCGUGUUCUUGCACAUCCCCGAUCGAGCGGGACUCCUUCAGGCGUGCCAUAAUGCCACGAAGCCUGGUGGUACGUUUCUCAUUGAAGACUUCGCGGCCAAGCCAGGCAAGUCCUUCACUGAGCUGGAGCGAUCUUCCUUGCUGGAUGUUGUCUCCGCACCCACAGUCACAACACCAGAACAGUACGUCGCCGACUUGCAUGCGGCCGGCUUUGUGGACAUCAGAGUGGUGGAUCUCAGCGAGCAGUGGCGAAAGUGGACCAAGGCUCGACAC